CUGGCGAGUGGUUUUAGAAGUUGAAAAUACUACUGAUGUACACUAGUACAAUGCUUUCCGCUUACAAUGUAAGCUAUGAGGAUACUUUGAGCACUAGUAAAAAUGUUUUCGCGGCUAUGAAUCUUAACAGCACGUCGUUUUUGGGGGGUGUUUUGAUUUUAAAAACCCUCACGGGAGAAUCAGUUGAAGUUAUUGAUGAGCCUAAAUCAAAUCGUACCACAGAUAUAAUCGACGUUAAAAUAGUACAGGUUGCAUUUUGUAUUCUCUAUACAAUAAUUUUUGUUCUUGGAGUGUUUGGGAAUGUAUUAGUCUGUUAUGUUGUUUUCCGAAAUCGUGCUAUGCAAACAGUAACUAAUCUUUUCAUAACAAACUUGGCAUUAUCGGAUAUACUUCUCUGUGUUUUUGCUGUACCACUAACGCCUAUGUAUACGUUCCUAGGAAGAUGGGUGUUUGGAAGAAUUCUUUGCCACCUCAUGCCAUAUGCUCAAGGAACAAGUGUUUACAUAUCAACCCUAACGCUUACGUCUAUAGCUAUAGACAGAUUUUUCGUCAUAAUUUAUCCUUUUCAUCCUAGAAUGAAACUAACCACGUGCAUAUUCAUUAUCAUAUUUAUUUGGGUAUUCUCGUUAGUUGUCACUUGCCCCUAUGGGUUAUUUAUGGGAAUCCAAAUCACUAAUAACAAGACUUAUUGCGAAGAAAGUUGGCCAUCAGAUAAAUCAAGGAAGAUUUUUGGUGUCUUCACGACCGUCUUACAAUUCUUAAUACCAUUUCUUGUGAUAGCGAUUUGUUAUACAUGUGUAAGCAUAAGAUUAAACGAUCGUGCCCGAUCAAAACCAGGUGCUAAAAAUACAAGGAGAGAGGAAGCGGAUAGAGAUAGGAAGAAAAGAACAAACAGAAUGCUAAUAUCUAUGGUCGCAAUUUUUGGCACGUCUUGGUUACCAUUAAAUUUAAUAAACAUAUUUAACGACUUCUACGCACAAAUGACAGAGUGGAAUUAUUAUUACGUUUCAUUUUUCCUUGCACAUUCUAUGGCCAUGGCAUCUACAUGCUACAAUCCAUUCUUAUAUGCAUGGCUAAAUGAGAACUUUAGGAAAGAAUUUAAACAGGUACUGCCCUUUUUUGAAUCAACGGGUGGAGUACGAAAUAGUUAUCAUUCAGGGAGAAUGCCCACAAAUAAAGCUGAUAAGAUAUGUAACGGGAACGAAACUAUCCAAGAAACAUUACUUGCGUCCUCUUUCAAUAGAGGCCCAUCCAUAAAACAACGGAUGCUAGAAGGAAAUAGUAAUGGAAAAAAGGACGGAGUUGAAGUUGAAAACAUUUUGUUAGAAGAUAAAACUAUCUCGUCGACAUUUCAUACGAAGACUGAAAAUAUGAGUUUGCAGUUGAUAAGCGAAGAAUCGCAGAUUGUAGAACCGAAAGAGGCAAAGACUCAAAUAUAAUAAAUUACCAAGCCACAGUAAAACGUUAUCAAGAAUUCUCCCUUCAUCUACACAAUUCAUUACUUACGUUCCAUCUGAGUCUCAUCGCAAGCAUAAAUUUAAGUAUAAUUUUUUGGUAUGUUAGAUGUAAAUGAAGAAAUUUUUGCAUGUUUUAAAUGUACUAUGCUGCUUUAAAAUGUUACGUCGGUAAAAUGAAUUUAGAUGAUGUUUUUGUUUGCUAAUUGUGAUGUAGCACUAAUAGAUCUAAUUGUAAUCUAGUUAUUGUAAAUAAAUUAAUUUAAUACAUAAGAAAUGAUUGUCUUUGUCGCUAAGCAAGUAGGUAUCCGAGAGGCCUAUUUAUAGAGUUUAUUAUUGAUGAAUAUGUAAUACUUCUCAUGUAGAAAAAAAUGAAAUAAACAAAUUGUGUUUCUCGAUUAAACUGUUGAGCCCAAUUUCAAACUUGAUUGCAAACUUAAUAUUGUAGGCGAAUAAAAUUUUACACAUCCUCCUUGGAGGUCAAAUGUAAAAUAUAUUUUUAAUAAUGAUUAGGUAUCACAUUAUAGGAUGGUAUAAUUAUUGUUGCAAUGACGUUUGAAAUUAAGUGUUUAUCGGGAAACACAAAGAAUACUAGUUAAAAACUAAUAAAUAUAUCCAUGUAGUAUGUAUAGUAACUAUACAUUUAAUAUAAUAUUAACUUUAUUGUACAAAGAUACGAGAUCUAUUGUUAUUUGUAAAUUAAGUAUAAAAUACGAAAAUGUUUAACGAAGUUGCUUAAAUGCUAAUGUAGAUUUA